UUCUGUUCCUUCGUUCUUUCUGCGCUCUUUCCUCUCAGCCACCGAGGUCUGACUAUCGCAUCCAGGGCCUGGGAAGGAGCGGGCAGGGGAAGAGGAGAGCUGGACCCCAGCUUUCUAAGCCUGGACAGUGACGAGGGGGCGGAGCGCGGCCGGAAACAUGCACGCGUGCGCAAGGACCGGUCACGCCCCCAAGCGGAGGCCACUUCCAUUGGUCCGAGGCCGGGGGUGUGGCAUGGGAGCCAAUCCGCGGAGGCAGCGCUGCCACGCCCCCGCCCUGGCGUCCUGGGUUCUGCCGGGUCCGGGCUGGCGCGGGUGGGGAGCCCCUGGGAGCGGUCGGGCCCCGCGGGGCCGUCGUUCCUGCCGACGUCCCGCGGACCGGGGCCUGCAUCGUCAUCCCGGCGUCCUUCCCCAGGGAGGUCGGGGCGGCCUCUCCCGGGGGACGGGGAGUUGGGAAGCACCGGAUGGCCUCGGGGCGCCUCUCCCCCCGGGCCCACCAGAGUCCUUGGGAGGAUCAGAAGGGCGCAGCAGAUCACUAACGGUGUCCCACUCGGAAUCUGGAGAAUUCAGAUGGAGCCAGUGACCUUCAAGGAUGUGGCCGUGGACUUCUCCUGGGAGGAGUGGGGGCACCUGGGCCCUGCCCAGAAGAGGCUGUACCGGGAGGUGAUGCUGGAGAACUACAGGAACCUGGUCUGCCUGGGGCUUGCUGCUUCCAGUCCAGAGGUGGUCUGCCAGCUGGAGCGAGGAGAAGGGCCCUGGAUGCCGGAGGGAGACGUCCCAGGAAGCAGCUGUGCAGAUUGGGAAACUACACACAAAAACAAGGAGCCAUUGCCAAAGCUGGGCCUUGCUAUUAAAGAAUCGUUUCAGGAAGAACUAAUAGGGUAUGAUCAAUGUGUCUUCAAGACAGGAGAAGCCUGGACACUUGGUACCAUUUUAGAGAAACAGCAGGACAAUGAGGAGAAGGGUUUCCAUAAAUGGUACCUACUUAAAAAGGGCAAGUAUAAUGAAUGUUGGAAACCCUGUGAUGAUCAUUCUGGCUUUACUGAGUAUUAUCCAUUCCAUGCUGCAAAGAGACCAUAUGAAUGUCAUGAAUGCAGGAAGGCCUUUCGAUGGCGUUCACAGCUUGCUGAACAUCAGCUUAUUCAUACAGGGGAGAAACCUUAUGAAUGUAAUGUAUGUGGGAAGGCCUUCUGCCGAAAUUCACAGCUUACUCAACAUCAGACAGUUCAUACUAGAGAGAAACCUUAUAAAUGCGAUGAAUGUGGGAAGUUGUUCCGCCUUAGCACACAACUUAUUCAACAUCAGAGAAUUCAUACUGGAGAAAAACCUUAUGAGUGUAAUGAAUGUGGCAAGGCUUUCCGUCAAAGCAUACAACUUACUCGACAUAAAAGAAUUCAUACUGGAGAGAGAGCUUAUGAAUGUAAUGACUGUGGAAAGGCCUUUUGCCAAAGAACAGUGCUAACUCAGCAUCAGCGAAUUCAUAGUGGAGAAAAACCCUAUGAAUGUAAUCAGUGUGGGAAGACUUUCUGCCAGAGCUCACAACUUAAUAGACAUGAGAAAAUUCAUACUGGAGAGAAACCUUAUGAAUGCAAUGAAUGUAGAAAAGCCUUCACUCGAAGGGCAGAUCUAAAACAACAUAACAGAAUUCAUACUGGAGAGAAACCUUUUGAAUGUAAUGAAUGUGGGAAGUCCUUCCAUCAGAGAACAGGACUUACUGAACAUCAGAGAAUUCAUACAGGAGAGAAAACUUAUGAAUGCAAUGAAUGUAGAAAAGCCUUCAGUCGCAGGGCAGAUCUUAAACAGCAUAAUAGAAUUCAUACUGGAGAGAAACCUUUUGGUUGUAAUGAAUGUGGAAAGGCCUUCCGUCUGAUCACAGGACUUGCUGAACAUCAACGAAUUCAUACUGGUGAAAAACCUUUUGAAUGUAAUGAAUGUGGGAAGGCUUUCCGCCUAAUCACUGGUCUUGCAGAACAUCAACGAAUUCAUACUGGAGAGAAACCAUAUGAAUGUAAGGAAUGUGGGAAGGCUUUCAGCCAGAGCACACAACUUAAUCGACACCAGAGAAUUCAUACUGAAGAAAAACCAUUUGAAUGCAAUGAAUGUGGGAAGACCUUUCGUCAGAGAGCGCACCUUACACAACAUCAGACAGUUCAUACUGGAGAGAAGCCUUAUGAAUGUAUGGAAUGUGGGAAAGCCUUUAGGCAAAGCAUAGGACUUAUUGGACAUCUGAGAAUUCAUACUGGAGAGAAACCUUAUGAAUGCAAUGAAUGUGGGAGGGCAUUUCGCCUAAUCACAGGACUUACAGAACAUCAGAGAAUUCACACUGGAGAGAAACCAUAUGAAUGCAAUGAAUGUGGGAAGGCCUUCACCAAGCGCACACAACUUAACAGACAUCAUAAAAUUCACACUGGAGAGAAACCUUUUAAGUGCAACAAAUGUGGGAAGGCCUUUGGCCAGAAAGCACACCUUACUCAACACCAGACUGUUCAUACUGGUGAGAAGCCUUAUGAAUGUAAUGAAUGUGGAAAAGGUUUUAGCCAAAGAACAGGACUUAAUGGGCAUCUGAGAAUUCACAUUGGAGAGAAAUUUUAUGCAGUAUAA